AUGGAUUUCGCAGAUCUUCCUCGUUAUGGAGGUCCUCAAACGGAUGAUGAUGAGGAAGCUCGCAAGCGCGAGGAGCGCGAGGCAAAGAAAGCCGAAGUGCGCAAGCGUCUCGAAGAAUCGGGAAAAGCUGGAAAGAAACAGAAGAAAGGUUUCCUCACUCCGGAAAGAAAGAAGAAAUUGAGAAAACUUCUUAUGAUGAAAGCCGCUGAAGAUCUCAAGCAACAACAAUUGAUGAAAGAACAAGAAAGACAAAAGGCUCUUGCUGCUCGAAUCCUUCCACUUCCCGAUUUAGACAAUAUCAACGAUUCUGGUGCUCUCGAGAAAAUCUACAACGAUCUCUUUUCUCGACUUACACAAUUGGAAGAGGGAAAAUAUGAUAUCAAUCAGUCAGUGAAAGUUAAAGACGCCGAAAUCAACGAACUCACCAUUGCCGUCAAUGAUCUUCGAGGGAAAUUCGUCAAACCAAUGUUGAAGAAAGUCUCCAAAUACGACAACAAGUUCAAAUCUAAAUCCGGACAAGCUGAGGGUGGAGGAAAGGCUGAUUUCCGUUCAAAUCUCAAAGUCGUCAAAAAAGAGACGAAUGUCGAGGAGAUGCUCAAGAAAAAGGAGAACAAAGUGGCUGUAGACUGGUCAAAAGAACAAGCCGAGAAACCGCCAAAGCCUGCCGAAAAACCAAAGGAAGAGGUUAAAGAAGAGCCCGAAGAGGCACCAGCAGAGGAACCACCAGCAGAAGAGCCAGCACCAGCUGAGGAAGAAGCUGAAGAGGGUGAAGAGGAAGGAGAGGAAGAGGGUGAAGAAGAAGAAGAAGAG